AAAUGUAAUCAAUCACGUGACCGCUGCGGAAGUUUUCGCUGUAUUUGCUGCUGGUGCUUUUGAGGCGUGAGAAUAUGUCAUCGGCGAACUCGUCCUGAAAUAUCCCAAAACCUAAACUCCAGUCACCAGGGAAACUGUUCAAAACACAGAGAAGGUUUGAUCUGAACACUGCCUGGACACACACACAGGGACACACACACAGGGACACACACACAGGGACACACACGUACACGUAGACACACACUCUGUGGUGAUGUCUGAGGCGGAGGGGUGUGUGUCGGUGUGGGAGUGGCUGUGUGCUCUGCAUCUGGACCAGUAUUUCCCAGUGUUCCAGGACGCGGGGUUUGGAACGUUGUUGGAAUGCCAAGGGCUGACCCAGGAUCAGCUGGAGACGAUUGGAAUCAAACUGCCUGGGCACCGCAAACGCAUCCUAGUCAGCCUGCAAAAAACACACCACCACACACACCCCGAGAGAGAGCACGAUGCCCUACUCACACAUCUGGCUGCAGAGGGAGACCAGAAAGAGGAAGAGAGAGCUGUGUUCAGACCCAGUCCUUUGGGGAGAGAGACACCACUACCUGCACAGAGACCAGUAUCCAGAGGAGAGAGACCAGUCCCUAAGGAGAGAUCAGUGUACAGGGAAGAAGUGAGGGAUGGAGAGAGACCGAGGCCAAUCCCCAAGGAGAGGACUAAGUACCGCUCUGUGCCUGUAGAGACAUUGGACUGCGGCCAGACUUCCCCCCAUCCCAACCCUACCUUCUGCCCUACCACCCCCAAUCCCAACUCUACCUCCUACUCUACCGCCCCCAUUCUACUGCCCAGGACCCCCCUUACCCCCCAUCCCCCUCGCAGCACCCCAAAGGGCCCCCCACUACGCUUCAUCCCCACCUCCCUAAACACUCCCCCAUGGCACCCAAACCCAGACAUAAACAUAACAAUACACACUCCUCUACAAACACACCGACCACAGUACUCCUCCCUAGCCUCUCCACCAAUCCCCUCACAGUACUCCUCCCUAGCCUCUCCACCAAUCCCCUCACAGUACCCCUCCCUAGCCUCUCCACCAAUCCCCUCACAGUACCCCUUCCUAGCCUCUCCACCAAUCCCCCCACAGUACUUCUCCCUAGCCUCUCCACCAAUCUCCCCACAGUACCCCUCACUAGCCUCUCCACCAAUUCCCCCACAGUACCUCUCCCUAUCCUCUCCACCAAUCCCCCCACAGUACCCCUCCCUAGCCUCUCUACCAAACCCCUCACUGUACCCCUCCCUAGCCUCUCCACCAAUCCCUGCACCGUACCUCUCCCUAGCCUCUCCACCAAUCCCCCCACAGUACCUCUCCCUAGCCUCUCUCCCUCGCCUGUUUCACCAGCCAGACACCCCCAGCAGGUGGGGGAGGGAGGGAGAAAGCUCUCUCCUGUUUCACCAACCAGACACCCCCAGCAGGAGGGGGAGGGAGGGAGAAAGCCCUCUCCUGUUUCACCAGCCAGACACCCCCAGCAGAUGGGGGAGGGAGGGAGAAAGCCCUCCCCUGUUUCGUCCUCUUCCUCCUCCUCUUCCUUCUCAGUUGACCAAUAUGACCAGUCUUCCUCUUCUGAUCAAUGCGUGCCCACCCUCCCCCCUAAAGUCUACGUGGUGGGGGCGGGCCCUAAAGAGCCUCGCGGCCCUGCUCCAAUCCCACGUCGACCUCCUGUUUUGCCCCCCAGAACCACACCCACACAUAGGGUCAGAUUUUGGUGACAGUUCAGAUGACUCUGAAGAUCCAGACCAAGUUUACCCCAAGCCCCAGUCUGUGAACAUGGCAGACAGGGAUGUGUUCCUGCCGGUGCCGGGGUGGGGGAAGGGGCGAUACAGCUCUCUCUGCAGCGACGAUGAACUAUUGGACGAUGACAACGAGCCAAUCAGCAACCGUCAGAGCUCAUGGCAGGACUAUGGUCUGAGUACGCUACAGGAGAGUGUCUACCUGCCGGUCACAGGCAGGGUCCUAGCCCAGCCCCCUAGAGAUGGCCCCUCCCCUGUUCUAAAGAUGGGCUGGUGGAUAAGGCUGGAUAAGAACCCACCGCAGGGGUCUCUGUACUACCAGAGGAGAUGGGUGAAGCUGGAUGUUGACUACCUGAGAUACUUUGACAACGACAAGGAGGUAUACUCUAAGAGGAUCAUACCAACGGCUGCCAUUACGGGGGUGACCAACGUGGGGGAGCAGAAGUUUGAGGUGGUCACAACCAACCGGACCUUUCUCUUCAGAGCCGAGAGCGACUUUGAGAGAAAUGAGUGGGUGUCAGUUCUGCAGAACUUUACCAAGGGGGGCCAGGGGGGCAGCAGGGAGAUUACUUCAUCGGUCCCACACUCCUCGAUGACCCCUGGUUCACCCCUGACCCCUGAACAGCAGGGCUACCUGGAGCUGAGGGGCCUGCGCUCCAAACUCUACACAGUCGUCUCCGGAGACAAGGUCUUCCUCUACAAGAACAUGGAGGACUACCGUCUUGGCAUCGGCAUCACGUCUAUCGACAUGAACGUAGGAAACGUGAAAGACACUGACCGUCGCAGCUUUGAUCUGACAACACCCUACCGCAUCUUCAGUUUUCUAGCGGAUUCAGAACAACAUAAAGACCAGUGGGUAGAAGCGAUGCGUGAAGCGAUUGGAGAGGCUCUGUCCAAUAGCGAGGUGGCUAAUCAAAUCUGGGCGGAGCCUAGCAAUGGUUGCUGUGCCGACUGUGGCGCCGCCAAACCUGAGUGGGCUGCCAUCAACCUGUGUGUGGUGGUCUGCAAACGCUGUGCAGGAGAGCACCGCGGUUUGGGCCCCAGCAUCUCUAAGGUGCGCAGUCUGAAGAUGGACAGGAGGGUGUGGACAGAGGAGCUUAUACAGGUGUUCCUGUUGCUAGGUAAUGAGCGUCUGAACGGAUUUUGGGCGGCGAACGUCCCUCCCAGCGAGGCGCUGAGUCCGACCAGUUGUAGCGAAGACCGCCGCCGAUUCGUCAGCUCCAAAUACAGACAGGGAAAAUACCGCAAAUAUCACCCCCUCUACGGCAACCAGGAAGAGCUUAACAACGAUGUAUCCCCGUCCAGGUCUGGUCGUGGAGCUGAGGGUCUGGUCAGUGGAGCUGAGGGUCUGGUCGUGGAGCUGAGGGUCUGGUCAGUGGAGCUGAGGAAGGUGUUUCUCUCUGUCCCUCCUCCUCUCUUCUGUUGUUGUAUUUUUGUGAGGAGGGCUCUUGCAUCGUCUUCACUUGGAACUAUGCAGUUUGGUACACACACACACAUACACAGACACACACACACACACACAUACACAGACACAUACACAUACACAUACACAGACACAUACACAUACACAGACACACACACAUACACCGGUGACAUUCAAGAGGACUACACUGUCAGCUCAUGGGCCCUGUGUAUUAACGUGCAGUGCAGUGAUGUCCUGGAGACCUUAUGUCUGGUGUUCUGUGGAGCUGAUGUGAACUGCUCUACUGGCCAGGUUGACUGUCCCUCCCCUCUCUCCCUGGCACUCGCCCACAACCAGAAACUACAGGCCCAGUUCCUCUCACACAACCUCAACACAGAGCUGCCCCGGUCGGAGGUGACUGGGGUCAUGGAGCCUCAACACUAUUCACCACAGCACCCCGUCACGCACAAUGGCUUCCUUUUCAAGACUGCCUCCAUGGCCCGGCCUAUCACGGAGCGUAAGGCCAGGGAGGAGUUCAGUCGUCGCUGGUGUAUGUUGAAUGAUGGGAACUUUAGUUACUAUGAGAGUGACAAGAACUCCACGCCCAACGGAACCCUGAAGUCUACAGAGAUAGUCUGUCUGGCUGUCAACACACCAGAGAGACAUGGCUAUGACCAUACAUUUGAGCUGUACUCAGACUCUGAGCGUAUCUAUCUCUUUGGCACUGAUGACCCAGACAGCCACAGGGAGUGGGUUAAAUCCAUCACCAAGACGUUUAUUCCAUCCAAUGCAGAGGGCCUAUUGAGGCUGGCUUUUGAAAGGAUUGGCCGGCUGCGGUAUAAAGACGGGCUGAAUCUACAGAGUCCUCGGGUUGGCUGGUUCGCUCUGGUCGGCUCCUCCCUCCAUGCCUACCUAGAGGACAGUGUUGAAGAGGAGGAGAUACACCUACGCAAACUACAAGAGCUCUCGAUCCAGCAGGAGAAUGAGGUGCUGGUUCUGGUGGAGAGAGGCAGGACUCUGUACAUCGAGGGGGAGAGGAAGCUUGACUUCCAGGGUUGGUGUGUGUCCAUGCAGAGAGCAGCAGGCAGUGCAGGGGACUCUCUUAGUCAGCAGCAACUAACUGAGACCGACAUCCCUGUUAUAGUGGACCGCUGCAUUGACUACAUCACACAGUGUGGUCUGACGUCCGAGGGUAUCUACCGUAAGAGCGGUGUGAACAGUCGCGUGGCGGCGCUGUGCGAGGCGUUUCGGCGUGAUGCCCGUAGCGUGCGUCUGAAGGAGGGUGAGCACCAGGUGGACGACGUGUCUAACACACUGAAACGCUUCUUCAGAGAGUCUGGAGAGGGACUGUUCACCAUACAGGCUGCUAGCGCAUGGCUCAGCACACCUGUGAUCCCAGAGGAGAGCAGAAAGAUCUGUCAGUACCAGCUUCUGCUGAGCCAGCUGCCCAGAGUCAACAAGGCCACGCUACGAGCCCUGGUCAACCACCUCUACUGUGUGCAGCGGUUUGCAGAGCUGAACCAGAUGAAUCUCCAUAACCUGGCUAUAGUAUUUGGCCCAACACUGUUCCAGAGUGAUGGGAAGGACUACACAGCUGGCCUCGUCAUAGAGGAACUCAUAGAGCACUACACGGACGUCUUUGAGGUGGAUGAGCUGCAGCUGAAAAGACAGCUGGAUGAGAUCACGGCCAUCAUUAAAGUCAGAGAGAAGUUGAACCACAACUCCAGCGUCCCUGCGUCGGGGUCAGCAGGUGACUUCAUCUGUACAGUGUACCUGGAGGAGAAGAAGGAGACGACAGAGCAGCAUGUCAAGAUCCCUGGUUCUAUGACGGCAGCAGAGCUGACCUGUGAGAUUCUGGACCGGCGGAAGAUCCAGGUCAGAGAGAAAGACUACUGGAGCUGCUGGGAGGUCAGCCAGAAGGAGGAGACUGAGCGUCCAUUGCAUCACCUGGAGCGUGUGUUACCCAUCAUCCAUUCUCUGGGUACUGACUCCCACUUGCUGGUCAAAAAACAUCUCGCCAUGGAGGCCAUACGCAUCUACUUGGCCAGUAAAGUGGAUGUGUCCAAGCACGGGAUGGUGAAGUUCCGGGAGGGGAGGAGCAUUCUGGGAUUGGGACUGAAUACCGGCAGCUUCCACGACCGCUACUUCAUCCUGAGCACUGCCUCCCUCAGGAUGUACAAGGAAGUGCGGAGUAAUCGUCCAGAGAGGGAAUGGCAGGUGAAGAACCUGAGGGUCUAUCUAGGCAUCAAGAAGAAACUACGACCACCCACCUGUUGGGGUCUGACUGUGAUCAAUGGAAGUGAAAAACAGGAGAAGCCAGAGAGGCAGCAAUGGUAUCUGUGUUGUGACACUCAGACAGAGAUGAGGGAGUGGUUCUCCACCUUCCUCACUAUCCAGUAUGAUGGUAACGUGUGGCCAGCGGAUGCAGUACAAACACGUGUGACCCGUGCGUUGCCGGCGGAUACGCGUCAUGGUAAUGUGGCGUUGAUUCCGUUGCGCGGCAGCGAGAAUGAGAUGCGGAACAGCGUUGCAGCUUUCACCGCCGACCCGCUUGGCCUCUUUAGAGAUGUCUGAUAAUGGGGCCAGACAAGGGGAUAGACCACCAGCCGUAGAACCCACGAAGUCUUCAGAACAUUCCAGUAACGACCCCCCCCCGCCACACACACACCUGUGCCUAUGAGCUGGACCUCUAAGCAGGGGCAGCAGGUGUGUCAUGAGGAGAGAGAGACUGUUACCACAGUGCCUUUUAGGACUGCAGUGCACCCUGGAAUACAUGGAGGACCUGUAAGAAGCUCCUGGUAUGGACUGAGAGGCUGAGAACAAAGACUGACUGAGUACAGAUUGUUACUGGAACAGACUGACUGAGUAUAGACUGACAUGGAACAGACUGACAUGGAACAGACUGACUGAGUACAGACUGACUGAGUACAGACUGAUUGAGUACAGACUGAUUGAGUACAGACAGAUUGAGUACAGACUGUCACUGGAACAGACUGACUGAGUACAGACUGACACUGAAUACAGACUGACACUGGAACAGACUGAUUGAGUACAGACUGACUGAGUACAGACUGAUUGAGUACAGACUGAUUGAGUACAGACAGAUUGAGUACAGACUGUCACUGGAACAGACUGACUGAGUACAGACUGACACUGAGUACAGACUGACACUGGAACAGACUGAUUGAGUACAGACUGACUGAGUACAGACUGAUUGAGUACAGACAGAUUGAGUACAGACUGACUGAGUACAGACUGACACUGGAACAGACUGACACUGGAACAGACUGACACUGGAACAGACUGACUGAGUACAGACUGAUUGAGUACAGACUGAUUGAGUACAGACUGACACUGUAGCAGACUGACUGAGUACAGACUGACUGAGUACAGACUGAUUGAGUACAGACUGACACUGGAGCAGACUGACUGAGUACAGACUGACUGAGUACAGACUGAUUGAGUACAGACUGACACUGGAACAGACUGACUGAGUACAGACUGACUGAGUACAGACUGAUUGAGUACAGACUGACACUGGAGCAGACUGACUGAGUACAGACUGACACUGGAACAGACUGAUUGAGUACAGACUGACUGAGUACAGACUGAUACUGGAACAGACUGACUGAGUACAGACUGACACUGGAGCAGACUGACUGAGUACAGACUGACACUGGAACAGACUGAUUGAGUACAGACUGACACUGGAACAGACUGACUGAGUACAGACUGACUGAGUACAGACUGUUACUGGAACAGACUGACUGAGUACAGACUGACUGAGUACAGACUGACUGAGUACAGACUGAGUACAGACUGUUACUGGAACAGACUGACUGAGUAUAGACUGACUGAGUACAGACUGAGUACAGACUGUUACUGGAACAGACUGACUGAGUAUAGACUGUUACUGGAACAGACUGACUGAGUACAGACUGACCGAGUACAGACUGACUGAGUACAGACAGAUUGAGUACAGACUGUCACUGGAACAGACUGACUGAGUACAGACUGACUGAGUACAGACUGUUACUGGAACAGACUGACUGAGUACAGACUGACUGAGUACAGACUGUUACUGGAACAGACUGACUGAGUACAGAUUGUUACUGGAACAGACUGACUGAGUACAGGCUGACUGAGUACAGACUGUUACUGGAACAGACUGUUACUGGAACAGACUGACUGAGUACAGACUGUUACUGGAACAGACUGACUGAGUACAGACUGACUGAGUACAGACUGUUACUGCUUGUCUCUGAGAGGCCUGGAGAUAAUGGGAUGAUCUUCACCGACAAUCCAGCCGUAACUGUCCCUGUAUGUCCCACAUCAACCCUGUCCCCUCCUCGAGAACCGUCUCUCUCGCUCCCUGUUGUGAACUCUCCCCCACCUGUACCCUCAUCUCGUCAGCCUCACCCGGGUCCCCUUCUCUCUUAAAGACUCCCCCAUCUGUAGAGUGCUCACAUCACCUCUCCCACGGUCUUCUCCCUCCAUGUUUUAGACUGUAAUUAUUUAUUUCUCCAGCAGAGGGAGCAGCAUAUAGGAAGUUGAGGGGGGACUCUGUCCAUUUAGAAAUACGGUGGUGUAUGUAGGUAAACUGUUAGACAACCGUGACCAUCACUAGACAUUAAGUUGGUUCCACUAGACAUUAAGUUGGUUCCACUAGACUAGAGGGAGGACAGUGAUGUGUGUGUGUGUGUGUGUCCAAGUUCACUUAUUGUAGUGACAUCAUUUCCCCCACUUCUAGUUCUUAACCUGUAGAGACACCCCCCCCCCACCCAACCAACCCACUCACUCACUCACUCACUCACUCACUCACUCACUCACUCACUCACUCACUCACUCACUCACUCACUCACUCACUCACUCACUCACUCACUCACUCACUCACUCACUCACUCACUCACUCACUCAACCAACCCAGCCAGCCAGCCAGCCAGCCAGCCAGCCCCCCCCCCGAUGGCCCUCAUAUCUGUUUUUGUCCAAUGAAAGAACUGAUCUGUUUCCUGUUUUGUUAAGACGGAUCGUCUGUCUGGUACUCUGUACACUUGAAUAAACACAUUUCAGCCCGAGCUGUGUCUAUCAAUAUCACAUACUCUCAAUCAUCUUAUCAUAUGUCGCAUUGCACUUUUAAUCUGUCUCUGUCUUAUAAAUGUGUUUUUAUGUCAAAAUAACUUUUGUAAUUCUUCAGAUUGUAACUGUAGGUAUGGUUUAAUAAAGUCUAUGCUUGUUGGAUCUCCA